GGUGUAGAACAAACAGAGGGGUUCAAAGUCUUCUCGGAUGAGCUUCAGCAAGAUACUUGGGAACGAGUGUGCUGUGUACUCCAACGAUGGGAUUUGAACCUGAAAAGAAUUGAUUCUCUUAAAAAUUAGCAUUUGGACACUUUUAAAGACAAACUGAAAGCAUGAAGACUGCAAUCAUUUUUCUUUUCUGUUUUGCCUAUUUCCAUCCUGCUGCAUCAUUCUUGACUGCCAAAGACUUAUCGCGAAAUGGCCUGAAAAGGUGCUACGAGAGGGGAACUCUACCUCAAAAAAUCAACGGACAAGACUUGCCUCUGCCGAGUUCGAUGGAGACAUUCGUCUCCCUGGUCGAAAGAAUUGAAACUAAAUACCCUACAAUGCAAGCAGUAGAGCUCAUAAAGAAGCUUCAAAUGAGCUUCAGGGUGGAUGAUCUCACAGAGGAUUUCAGAGCUUGGAGUUCUGCAGCACAAUACGCCAAUGACUUCGAGAAGCUCUUUUUCAACAUACCUUCUGAAUUGAAGGGGUACGAAUUUGCAGAAGAAGAUUUUACGGAAGACGAGCAGUGCGCCUUGCAUUUUAUGCUCUCUCACACCAUCAACGCAACUGCGUGGGGAACCGAAGAGCUGAAAGAAGAUGGCACCGCGAAGCAUCCGAGAGAGCUCGGCGUCGUCAGUCUGCACUCCAAGUGGAAGCACGCCCUCUCCCUGAAUAAAGUCCUCUUGGGCAUUCUCGCGGGAAUGUCGGGUCCUUACAAGAAGAGUGCAAAUGAAGUAUACAAACUCCUGUUGCCUGGAAAAAGUGAAGAAUCUUUGAAUGCCAUCGAAAUAAAUCGACUUUACGCAGUAACUCUGGGUGAUUUGGUAUCUCAUUAUGUGAACAAGAUUUACAAAAGAAACGAACAAAUAGCUUUCGUUCCUAAUGGGGUAUGGAAUGACCUCUCCUGCCCCACGUCCUACGCUUUGAUAGAAAACAACGGCAAAUCUGUGACAAACUCAGUUCUCCGAGGAGCGAUUGACGGUCUUAUAAUCGGGUUGAAAAUUGAAGAAAACCUAGAUACGUUUCAAAAGUUGAAACUCAGCCAGAUUCUCAGCAUGUAUUAUGGACCCACAGGUCUGAUAACUAAAACUGAGAGUCUUUCCAAAAGUGAUUUACAAUGGUGUGAAAGAGAGAAAAAUUUUAACAACAUACAAAGUUUGAAAGAUGAAAUUUACAGAUUUUACUUGCUCUACACAAAUUAUAUGGGAGCUAUGCCGACUCAAAAUGCACAAGAUGAAGUCAGCGAAAUUGUAGGCAGCAUCCAAAAAUCUACAGAUAUUUUCAAUGACAUAACAGCUGAAGCAUCCACUGAGUGCAUGAGGUCCGAUACAACUCUAGACAAACGAUGUUCAACUCCUUACGACAUGUUUGCAAUUUUAGACUGGGGAACUGAUCAACAAAGAAAUUUUCAGUUAGAAGUUAUCGGGAAUUUAUCAGUGAAUUUCGAUGUAGGACCCAGAAGAAGCUCAUUUGGUGUUUAUUCAAACAUGAAAUCCCCGCUAAGCAGAGGCUUAAACACCAUUGUUAACAAUACGGGAGUGGCUGGUUGCCAAUCCUGCUACCCAAAAUACUAUCAAAGAAGUGGAGGAAAGAACUCUGACAUAGAAGUCAUCCAGAAAUUGAAUGAAACUUUGGCAGACUUUGUUGAAGAACAAGAUCAAAAUUUAAAUGAUAUGGGCGAAGUGAAAUCUGGAACUCCUGCAAAGAUCAUUUUGUACUUCUCCUACAACACAGCCGUAAACGACGAUUACCGAUUAAGAGAUGCUCUGUGGGAAUUCGAGAAGAGCUUCAAGGAAGCAACGAUCUUAGCUGUGGGACCUGGAAAAGAAAGCCUGAAAAUCUUCACUCUGAAAGACGAUUUUGACGUCUUUCAGAUACCCACUGGUUCGGUUAACGCAGCUGAUCUGAUUGGAAAACUCAAAAACAGGAUUUGUAAAGUUCCUGCUGAGUUUCAAUUCAAAGAAUGCCAACGGAACAGCCGCAGUGCAGAGGCGGAGAACAGGCAAGAGCUGGUCAUCGGUCACAACAGAAAGCAGUACUGGGCGAUGUACCCGAAGUACUUCUUGAAGAGUUUCAGCAUUACAUUGAAGUUUAAACCUCUGGACGGUGCUCAGAUUAAAGUGUGCUUCACGAGAUCAGCUUAUGUUAUGAUGGAAGACAAUCCUCAAAACAUUGAGUGCCACGAAUCAAGUGGUGAAGAAAUAAAAUUCUUUGUGAAAAAUCCAUGCUAUAAACGCAACGUGAAUAACUGUGACCCCUUCUUUUUCACCGUGGAAGGAAAAAGGCCGCCGAAUGGGGUGUGCCAGAGUCUCAAGUGCGUAACUCCAAGAGAUAUUCAGUUUGAGUUUCAACAUGAAGGCAUAUCCUGUAAUGCAGCAAGUUUCAUAUCUGUUUCUAUGAUGGCUUUAGUUUUGGCUGCAUUAGCAUUUUUCACCCGAAUGCCAUAAACUUUUAUCGCUCAAAAUUCAUCCAGCAAUAGGAGGGUCACUAUUCAUUAUAUUUCGCCAGUUUUUACAUAUUGUGUGACAUUGAUUUCAUAUGAAUUAUAGAUUUUAUUUUAUCAAUGAAUAUUACUUGUAGUGAUUGCAUAAUAUAAUAAAUUUUCUUACUUUUUUUA